AUGGUGGACUUUGAUUUGAUUCUGGGCAUUGUCUGGAUAUUCCCUCACCAUGUAGUCUUGGAUUGCCAUUACAAGACCGUUACCUUAGCCAUGCCUGAUUGUGUUAGAGAUGUGAGUAGGGAGGGCCUUACUAUUUAUUCAGUUCCUACAGUCCAAGAGUUUGCAGAUGUGUUUCCUGCCGAUCUGCCUGGCCUCCCUCCUGACUGCUAUAUUGACUUCGCCAUUGAUGUUGAGCUGGGUACUCAUCCUAUUUCCAUCCCACCAUACCCUUAUGUGGGAGCUUAUUCAUCACUGUUGGACCAUAUUCGCAGCUGUCAGUUUGAGGAUGAAGAGAUUGUUGCACUUCUAGAUCAGGUUUUGAGAGAGUUUGCGUACAACAACAACUACCAUUCAAGUGUUCAGAUGGCCCCAUUUGAGGCCUUAUACGGUAGGCGUUAUCGCUCUUCUGUUGGUUGGUUUGAGUUUAUGGAGCCCAGGCUGCGUGGUACAGACUUGAUGGAGGUGGCGUUUGAUCAUGUAAGGGUGAUUCAAGAUAGUCUCAAGAUAGCUCAGAGUAGACACAAGAUCUAUACAAAUCAUAGGCGCCGACCAUUAUGGUUUGUCGUUGGUGAUAAAGUAUUCCUCCGGGUGUCUCCCAUAAAGGGCAUGAUGAGAUUUGGGAGGCAGGGCAAGCUUAUCCUCAGGUAUAUUAGGCCUUUUGAGAUAUGGAGGAAAGUUGGCGAGGUUUUAUAUGAGUUAGCUUUUCCCCUGUCCUUUUCAACUAUUGAUCUAGGUUUUUAUGUUUUAAUGCUCUGUCGGUAUGCUCCAGACGAGUCCCAUAUGUUUCAGUAUGAUGCGGUUGACUUGGAUGAUUGUUUGGGCUAUAUUGAGGAGCUAUUUGCUAUUUUGGCAAGAGAUGUCAGGCAGUUGCGUUCCAUAUCCAUUCCUGUGGUUAAGGUCCAUUGGACGCAUCGUCUAGUGGAGGAAGCUACAUGGGAGACCAAUCAUAAGAUGCAGGCACAUUUCCUCGCCUUAUUUCGCCUUCAAGUACUUAUUGACUCUUACUUUCGCAGAUAA